GGUAACGGACGAGGCUCUCUGUUCUGUGACAUUUAGCGACGGGGCCCCGGCCCUCUUGGGGACCAUCGACCACUGCUGGGACAGGGCAGAACUGAGAAUGGCGGCGGUAGAGGACCGGGUCAUCAAAGACUCCGGUUCAGAGGUCGAGUCUGGGCAGGGGGCUAAAACAGUGAUGGGGCAGGUGUUUGGGACGUUCGAGAUCAAAAAUGGCACCCCUGGGUCAGACCCGGCACUAGAGGAGCUGUUCUCAGCCGUUGAUGCCUCGUAUUAUGACUUGGACACCAUGCUCACAAGCAUUCAGAGCACCCCCAAGAUGGGGCCUUACAACCUUCUGGACAGCAUGGCCUCCUCCCAUGGCCCCGCGUCCAACUCCAGCUGUAGAACCGAUCUCAGUGAACUUGACCACAUUAUGGAGAUCAUUGUCGGCUCAUAGCUUAUAGACUUAAAACUUGACUGUUUGGUUGAACUUGUGCCUCUGACUUUUUGUCUUGUAUGUGAGAACAUACAGUAUCUACAUACCUUCCUCUGUAUGGAAAGAGUGAUAUCCGUCUCCAUGCAAUGCCAUUUUUUUUAUUUUUUUUAUCUGAGAGGUUAACAGUUUCUCAAGUUCACCAUACUUAUUUAUUAUGUUUACUUUGUAUUUCAAUAUGUACUCUUUUUGGUUUAAAUGAUUGUACCUAUUACACUACAUGAAUUCAGAGCAGCACAACAUUUACAUUAAUAAUCUUUUUUUUAAAGAAAAUAUGUGUAGUUAAAGUAUAUAUGUUUUACUAUAGAGACAGUCUGGGAAUUGUUCUCGCCUGUCUUUUUUUAUUUUUUACAUUUGUAAGCAAGAACGAUUGCACAAAAGCUCAAUGUGUGAUUAGGGACUAAUUUACCUAGUCUUUCACGGGUUUAUCUUUGGUUGUGUCUGAGCUACAAGAGCAAAUAGGCAUGGUUGAAAACGUGAAUUAUGUUCAGUAUGCUCACAAUGUGAUCUUGGUCUAUGGUUUGGUGCUAUAUGCACUAUGUACAGUAUUCCUAAUGAACACACAUGGCCUUCUUGAGCCAGACCGUUCCAUCUUGCACUGCGGCUAGCUGUCACCUAGCAUGUGGUGCCGUUUGUUUGCUAUUAAAGUUACAUAUGUUCUUA